UUUUGAAAAUUAUACAGUCAGCUUACUUGAUAAAGCAACUUUCAGUUCAGAAAAUGAAAUGCUAUUUGAAGAUUGUGAUCAGAAUUUUAGUUCAGAAAAUGAAGUUAGCAAUUCACAAAACUCUUUCAGUGAUGAAGAAUCACAAAAAAAUCUAUUGCUAUUACAUGUUGGCCUUAUAUUUAAUAUAUUGGAAGAAGUAGAUAAAUUUAUAGAAUUGUAUACAAAGUUCAAAGGUUUUUCUUUCCGGCGUAGUAGGACUGAUCUUCAUUUUAACAAUUCAGGAAUUUGUCGUCGUAGUUAUGAAUAUUUAUAUUCACGUACACACAAAACAAAAAAAAGAUCUGUUCAGAUAGUUUGUACUUUACUUUGUGAUGAUCAUAAACACAAAAUGAACCCUAUAGUUGUCCAAACUGCAUCAUGUUUUCGUAAACUCUCAAAUGAAAUGCUAAAGAAUAUCAAAUUUUACACAAAAUCAGCAGAAGGUAUGGGUGCCAAGAUGCAGUAUAAUCUUCUAAAAGCGAAAUAUCUAGACAGCUAUAUUGAUAAAAAAGAUUUAUCCAAUGCUAUUCAAAAGUUCAGAAUUCCAUCACGUGAAAAAACAAAAACAGAUACCGCAGAAACUUUGCAACAAUUAAUAGCUUUAAAAGUGGAGAACUCUAGAUGGGUAGUU